GCCUGUAGAGAUGCAAUUAGUAGAGAGAAGACAUUAGUAGAGAUGAUAUUAGCAGAGAAUUAAAAUCAUGGGCUUGGUAUUUGCCAGGUCCUGUUCUAGGAUACACACAUUAUCUCAUUAAUCCUCCCAACAAUAUAAUGAUGUAUUAUUGUUAUCUCCAUUGUACAGAUGAGUAAUCUGAGGCUCAAAGUUCAGUAGCUCCCCAAAGAUCCCCUUGGUGAUGUGAGUUUUCUUCUUUAGGAGUCCGAGGCUAUCCUCACUCUGCCGUAUCACCUGAGCUGUUUGGACCAGAAGCUUCGGAUCCUUUCUCCUGGGGAGUGGCUUCAGCUCUUUUGUCCUGAUGCAUUAGAGAAUCUGAGAUGCCUCGACUUACAGGAUCCCAACUGGUGUGGAGACCUCUUACUCUCUUGCCUCUGGCCCCCAGUUCCACAUCCCAAAAGAUUGGCUCAUGGAAAUCAUCAGGUCCUGGGUGCAGGAUGCCACUUGGUUGCCUUGUCUGGACCAUGACUGCUUCACCCAGUGCCCCAUUGUGACCUUGAUUGUCAGGCUUUCAGAUAGUAGACACAGAGAGCAAAACCAGACUUGGUCCCUCUGAAUUGAAUCUGCACAGUCUCACCUGAAGGCUUUCCAUUGACUUGAGUAAAGACCAGGGCCAAUGAAAGGAUGGAAAGAUGGAAGAGUGGUACUUCUGCUGCCCAUCACCCUGCUGCUGCCCUGGGCACACAGCUCCCUAGCACUGACAUGUGGCCAAAGAAAAAGUAGCAAACCUGAGAAAUCAGAAACUUUGGGAAUCAUAGGCGGGGAACCUGCAGACCUUACAGAUUUUCCAUGGCAGGUGAGUAUUCUUUACUACGGGAAACAUCUCUGUGGAGGAUCAAUCCUCAGCAUGUGGUGGAUUUUAACUGCGGCCCAUUGCUUCAUAAACAGAAGUAGAUCUGGCUUGGAGAUUAUACAUAGUGAAAGAAGCAUUGGCACCAAGAACUCGAAGAGGAUGAAAGUGGACAAGCUAAUUACUCACCCUUAUUUUGACAGCUGGUUCUUGGAUAAUGACAUUGCUUUGCUCUUGCUCAAAUCUCCUUUUAAGUUGGAUGCCCAGAAAGUACCCAUCUGCCUUUCAGAGGUCACUGACAUAGAGAGAUGGCGAAACUGCUGGGUGACUGGAUGGGGUAUUACCAUUCCUAUGCAAAGUACAAGUCAACAGCUGAACAAAGUCAACAUCAACUUGGUCAAACGGGAAAUGUGCUCCUCUGUUAUGACUGUGCUCACCAAGAACAUGUUGUGUGCUGGGAACACUCAAGAAGGGAAGGACUCCUGCCAGGGUGACAGUGGGGGGCCUCUGGUUUGCCAGAAAAAAGACAACCAAAGCAUAUGGUACCAGGUGGGCAUUGUCAGCUGGGGAGAGGGCUGUGGCCGGAAGAAAAAGCCUGGAGUGUAUACGAAGGUGUCUAAUUAUCUGUUAUGGAUUAACAUGGAGACCACGCUGUCAGGAAGGCCCUACAUGCAUGAGCCAGACUCUGGCUAUCACCGGGUCGAGAGCCCCAUUAAAUACUGUUUUGGGCUCUCAGAGAUCAUGUGGAACAAUGCUAUGAUUCAGGAUUAG